UGCGGCGCGGGGUAUCCCAGCAUCCCGGGCCGCGGUGCGCCGCCGCCGGACGAGGCGGCCGCGCGUCAGUGCGACAGACGAGGCAGCUGUCGCGUCGGCGCCGCCCCCGCGCGUCAUCUCAAGGUCUCGUCGACACAAGCGGGCUGGGCGCGGGACGGCAGCUGA